AUAGCUAGGAAAAGUGAAUUCAAAUUUACAUUUUACGUACUAUAAUAUACUAGAGGUGCAAGUUAGUGGCCCGAGGAGCGAAGCGAGGAAGAGUAUUUAUGGCUAUUUUCAAGUGUUUAAGUUUUUGUGAAAUUUAUUGUUAGCCAAUGCAUUGUUGAUUCACGAAAGAAGAGUUUCUUAUCUACUUGGGUGUAAAACAAGGCAUUGUGCUGAGAUCCUUCUAAUUCUAAAGUUCAAAGAGAUGGAGUGAUAGGACUAAUUCACGCUGAACUUUUGUAAAUAUGGGGGAAUUACAUCGAAAUGAAUGAAAAUUGAAGUAAAUACUGUAGAUGCUGUGAAGGUUGAAGUUCAGCAGAUAACAACCAAGAAGGACAUGUUAAAAUUGGAUCAUACAUGGUAUGUUUCCGAGGCUACAGAUAGAAGAGUCCGGAAGUAGAGCGUUAUCCAUACGAUGGAUACUCUGCAGCAGAUAAAAGACGAAUUCCUGGUCUGUCCAAUUUGCUUACGUCACUAUAAGGAACCAAAACUACUUCCAUGUCUUCAUACAUUCUGCCUACGAUGCUUAGAAGACUUUGUGCAUAAAACAGAAAACAGAAAUCACAUCGAAAAUGGCGAUACAACAGACGAAGAUCAUAACAGUGUCAUUUUCAAAUGUCCCGUAUGUAGAGGGGACACGACUUUUACUCUUUCCGAAGAUGGGAAGAAAAUAGAAAGUGGCUUUUCCGAUAACCAUCUAAUUUCAAACAUUAUGGAGAAAAUAGAUGUACAUAAAGAAGAACAGAUUUGUGAGUCAUGUAGUGCCAGAGGUCAAGGUCAGAAGGCUGCGAAAGCUGAGGUAUAUUGUCAAAAUUGCAAGGUCUCUUUUUGUGAGAGUUGUAUUAAAGCCCACAAUGUGAUUAAGGCUUGCCGAGACCACGUAAUAAUAUCAUUAAGUGAUAUAAGAGUGAAUCCGUUACAAACUUUAAAAAACACAAAACGCGAGAUUCCGUGUUCAGAACAUAAAGAUAAGGUGCUUGAGUUCUAUUGUUUAGAUUGUCGUGUUGCUAUAUGCUCAACGUGCGUUGCUGUGCAACACAGACGAUGUGAAAUGGUCGAGACAUGCGCAGACUCAGCACAGAAGCUUAAACCGGAAACUGAUAAUGUACUCAAGGACCUUGAUACUCAAGAAGUGUCUCUUACAGACUGGCAGCAAGAACAUUUGCGGGAAAUCGAGGAACUUGAGGAAAACAAAAGUUCUCUUAUUACCGAAAUAAAAACAGUUCGUAAAAAUGUUGAUUAUCAUCUAGCCAAAUUAGAACAAUCUCUUUUGGAAGAGCUAGAUGUUAAACACACUAAUGCCAUUAUGAGUGUUAAAGAAAGACUUCAAGAAAUUGAAGAUUUGAAGAAAAAUCUUGAAAACACGAAUAGGUUCCUUAGACAUCUGGUACAGUUCGGAAGUGAUUCUGAAUUUCUUUCAGUUUUUGACAAAGUCAAACAACAAAUUAUUGAAAUGAACACGGGAAUCAAUAGGCGUAAGAUAGCCAAACUUCUUUUCCGACACAAAUUCGCAUUAGAUAUGAAUUUAAGUCGUAUCUUUGACCUUAAAUCUCUCGGAAAGUUAGUCGACGUUGUGGAUAUGAAUAAAGAUAGUUUUCCAAUGAACGGAGAGAACGGUCUAGGUCCCCCUUCACCAGUAAGAAAAAGUUCAAUCAAAAGGACUGGAACGUUUAGAGUUGAUAAAGCAGAGGAAGAGCAACAGGCUCAACAACAAGAGAAGAUCAAGCCACAGAAGCAGCAAAUUGCUCUGCAACCUAUACCGUCACAAAGCAAACAUUCGUCUCGCAGUAGCCUAUCUACAAACUCACCAUCUACAUCAAAUGACAGCAUGAGCUCUCAGGAGAUGCUUGACUCGACGCCAAGACGUCAUGCUGUCUCUAUAAGAGCACGGCAACAACAGGAGACAUCCGCAAGACUUGCAGCAGGGUCCACUGGUUCCCUUCCUCGCGCGGCCAAACGAGUGAACAGUGCAGUAGAAUUCCGAAAAUCUCAAGCUGUACAAUCCACUCCGUCUAAAGGUGCGAAAACACCCCCUAUUCAAAGGCGACGUGCACAAAGCACGGUUAAUGGCAGGCCUCCUGUUGGAGGAGAAAAGCCUGUUAGACCAGAAAGAAGAUCUAAAACUCCUGACCAUGGCAUGUUGUCUCCGACUGGAACUCCUGUUCUCACUAAGAAGUCAACUGAAGGUGUUUUAUCACCACCACUUGCAAGACGAUCAGAAAUUACUCCGCCAAAAUCUCCAAAACAACCCCGACCUGCGCCACUCAUGGACAAAACCAAUGCUCAACUAUUAUGUGCUUUUAAUGGACGCACAGAAAGUGAUAACAAAAAAUGCUGGCCUUUAGAUGUAACAGUUCUUUGUGACGGGACACCAGUAAUUACAGAUUUCCAUAAUAAGAAGAUAAAAGCAUUUGACGCAAGCGGUUCAGUUAUGUGCGACGUGUUAUUACCGUCCUGGCCUCAUGGAAUAGCAAAUGUAGAGAAAUCCGAUGUUGCAGUUACACUACCGGAAAUAUCAACACUUGUUUUUGUCACGGUAAACGAAAAAACAAUGUUGUUGCAGAAAAGAAUAAAAACCGUUAAACAGUAUCGCGGGAUUUGUUGCUUUGAGGAUACCAGCGGUGGUAAACCGGUGAUCAUUGUCUCGUGCUGCGCUUCUAACAACCAGUCUGUCGACGUUCUCUCCCUUGAUGGUGAAAUUCUCAAAAGUCACCGACAUGACAAUCGUCAGCAAGGUCGAACGCUGUUCACGUGGCCAUACUAUGUUACUGUUAAUAAUGAAGGGGAGAUAAUUGUUUCUGAUUGUGAGACGAAGACCGGAUUACUCUACCUUGACAAGAAAGGUGACGUGAAAUAUGAUUACCUUGCCAUACAGGUUGUUAUACAAGACCCACGAGGUAUUUGUACCGAUCUUGACGGAAAUGUGUAUCUUGCCGAUAAAUCUGCGCACGCAAUUCAUAGUCUUACUUCCGAUGGCCAUUACCGGAAGUGUGUUGUGAGCGCUCGUGAUGAAUUAGUGCAACCCAUAGCGGUUUGUGUAAGUCCGUUUGGACAUAUCAUUGUUACACAAGACAAUGGCGAUAUUAAAGUGUAUGCCAUUGAUUGAUGAAGUAUAAUAUAAGCAAGGACUUUAAUAUUUGGGUACGAUAUAUACUCCCAUUUGUGUUAAUUUAUUGCACGCUAACCAACGCAUGUGUUCCUUAUCAUUCAAUUCUGGAAUAAAAAAUACAUUGAUUUCCAAAUCUAACUUUUUGCGAGUAUUAUAAAUUCAUACUAUCUAGUAAAAACUUGAAUGGAACAGCUCUUGCAAAAAGAAGGAAUAUUCAUUUAAGUGUUUUGAUGCAAAACAUUAUAAAACUUAAAAUUCUAUACCCGUUUUCUUUAUUUUGAACAUUAAAUUAUAUAAUUAAUUUGUAUAUCAUUAGUAAAUAUUUGCACAAAAGAAUUAGUUUUAAUAUAUUAAAAGAAAAUACUAAUAUAUUUGAAAUGAAUCAUUUUAAUAUAUGUAUAUUUGUUAUGUUUUGUUAUUUACUUAUUCAACAACCAUUACACCAAUGUAUAGAGGCAGAAAUACUAAAAUAUAAAUAAAAUUUAUAUGUGA